AUGGCGGAGUCGGGCUCGGCGGAGGCUAAGACCCAACCUCAUGCCAACCUCGAUGGCCUCGGCAUCUUCUGGAUCGUGUUUGCCCUCUCCUGGACCUUGAUCGUCGCAGGCGGCAUGAUCUUUCUAUGGCGUUGUCGCGACAUGCCUAUACUGAGGAUUCGAGGUCUACCGCUGUCAUUCCUUGCCAUCACAUUGCUCCAUCUCUACUGGGGCGCCGUCCAGACCGGGUAUGUCUAUUUCCGUCUCACUACACCCGAGGUAGAGUACUGGAUCAUGAGCAUUUACCUCCCCUGCGGCAUCGCUCUAUUCCACGCCUCCAACAGCCGAUUUCUCCAUGUCGCCAAAGCCCAGAAGGAACUCUUCGCCUCGGACGCUGCUUCGAUUAAUAGCGAGCGUGCCGAGGCUAAGUCCCUCGUCGGCCGCUUUCGAUCUCUCAACUACACCAGAAAGAUCCUGAUCCUUGUGGGCGUGGGCAUGAGCUGUCAGUUCUUUCUUACAGUCUUCAUGUACCUUAUUUCGAGAAAGUUCCAUCCCUCCUUCGGCAUCCCGGGCACCGAGGUUACGGGAACCGAAGACUUUCAGAAGUCUCAAAUGGGCAGGGGCUGGGAAUGGUGGCCAUCUGUCUUUUGGCAGUUCUUCUGGGCAUGGAUUGUCGCUCCCUACAUUCUCUGGCACGCUCGUGGAAUCAAUGAUACACUAGGAUGGAGGACACAAACUAUUGCUUGCUGUCUUUUGAGUCUUCAUGCUACCCCUAUGUGGCUUAUUGCUUUAUAUAUCCCUGCCAUGUCGGUAGUUAACAAAGUCUGGGUUCCUCCUCAAUGGAUUGCCAUCUCGAUUAUGAUGCUUGAGAUCUUUACUAUCUUCUUUCCUUGCUGGGAAGUCUUUAGACACCAGACUCUACGCCAAGAGACCCUCGACUCUAUCAAUCAAUGGCAACUUAAUAAGAGUGUUGGCAAGACCUCGGGGUCUAUUCCCACAGGCUCCACGAAGGUGGCUGGCUCAUCACUGACUGUAUGGUCUAAGGGUGACUCUAUCGAGAGCAGUGUUGGCGAGAGUAUCCUCACCAUGGAAGCUCUCGAGUGCGUCCUUGAGCGAAAUCCCGAGCCUCUUCAGAAGUUCUCUGCCCUCCGAGAUUUUUCUGGAGAAAACAUUGCCUUCCUGAGAGCCGUCGCUGAGUGGCAGUCUUCGCUUCCUCUUGUGGUUCUCGACCCGGAGAAGAUCAAGGAUGACGUGGCCCAGGAACUUGUCUGCGAACGAUUCAACAGCGCUCUCAGAAUCUACAUCAACUUCAUCAGCUCCCACCAUGCCAAGUUCCAAAUCAACCUUUCCUCACAAGAUCUCAAGAGGCUCGCGUCUGUUUUCGAGCCGUCCGCCCGCAUUCUCUAUGGCGAGAAGCACGAGAUUGAUCCCGCUACGCCCUUCGACUCCUUUGAAAUGACCAGCAAGGCCAAGUCGUCUUCUGGGUCAUGUCACGGCUCCGAGACCGGCAUCAUGACCGGAUCGAUCAACGAGACGGAAGCCAUUGGAGACAAGGCCCUCUACUGGGGUGACAUCCCUGAUGGCUUCGAUGCCACCAUUUUUCAUGACGCUGAAUCAAGCAUCAAGUAUCUUGUUUUCACCAAUACCUGGCCAAAGUUUGUUAAAGAUCGACAAUCCUCGAUCAACUCAAACGGUAACCUUGAGGCAGGAAAUGCCAUUCCCGCUACCCGUUGAGCGUGGUUAUGAGUUAGGGAGGUAGGGUCAUUUAGGCCUUCUGGGACGGAUCUUGACGCUUUUAUGUAUGAAUGCAGCUAAACUGAUGAAUCGAUACGCAUUUCUCUCGCCG